AUGGCGUCGCGACAAGUAACUUUAAAUAUUCUUGAUCCUCGAACAAUAAGUGAUUUUUUAUCGAAGAGAUUGAAAAUUUCGUUGACAGCUGAAUGCAUUUUACAACCAACAGUAAGAAAACAAAUUGUUUCAAUGAAAGCAUUUCAUAAUUUCAGGCAGCUGUUGUUCAAGAAGUUUGCACUGGAUUUCUUCGUGUUGCAUUAGAUGUUGAAGACCAACAACUGUCGGUUCUACCUUUAUCCGUUAAUCUGGAUUUGGAUAUCGAUGCACAUCGACAAAGUAUUCCUGUAACAAUUGUUUUUCAGGCUUUGUUAGUAAUUUAUCUCGUACAUGUUUUUCAAAUUCAAUUUCUUCUGAUUCAGGAAAGGAGCAUUGACUGAUAUAACUGGAGAUCAUUUGGACUUGACAAUGUGUGAUUUGGUUCGCCCAUGGAAAGCACCAGCAAGAAUUAAGAAACUAUUCUCAUUUUUUGUCGAUUUUCUGAAAUUAUUGGAAGUAAUGCGACCACAAUUUGAUACUGUUCUUGAGGAAUUCACUCAAAAACGAGUAGAAUUGGAAGAAUAUCAAGAACUCAUGGUAGUAGCUGAAGGAAAGAAAAAGGCGUUGAUUGAUCAAGAAAGUACAAGGAAAAGGCGCGAGCUUGAUGUAUGUUUUUAAUGAAUUGCACAAGUAAAUACUAGCUUUUGCAGCUUUUCAAUACGUUAAAAACGGUGCAAAGCGAAUUCAAUCAAGUUGUGGACAACUACAAAAAGUUGAAUCGUUUGAUUGCCGAACUGGAUAAAAAGACAAACGACAACCUUGAGGAAAUGGUAAGAUUUUUGAAGUUAAAUUGCCAAAAAAUAUGAUUUAUUUCUAGAAAAGACUCGAUUUGGAUAGUGAAAAUGCUCGGAAAACAAUCGAUCACUUGUCUGUUGUAAGUUGUCAUUCCUGAUAAAUUUUUGAGUCGAUCCACAAUUUUAUAGGAGUUAUUGAGUUCUCCAAAUCGAGUACGCAAUGAGACUGAAAAACAACGACAAGAAUUGAAAGAAAUUGAAGAAUUCUCGACUGAAACAAAGAAAAAUUUACAAGAAAGAGAGAAGGCUUUAGAGAUUUGUGCAAGAGCUGAAAAACAAAUUGGAUGGAUCAUGGAACGAGCAAAAGUUUUGAAAACCGAUAAAUUACGAGUUCAAGAAUAUUCGGAUCGUGUUUCCGAGAAGAAAACGAAUUUGGCUGAAUUGGAUCAGCAAUUUGGUUUCAUUGUGAAUAAAUUGAACAUGGAAACCGGUCUUGUUGCAACUUCAUUGGAAAACCAUAAUCAAAUGAAAUCCAGAAAUGAAAAAAGACUCGAAGAACUUCAACAACGAUUGAACACAGGAAUAAUGUAAUAUUUUGUCUGAAAAUUAUAAAUUAAAAUUAAAAUACGGGAAAACAUCUUCAGGCAAAUCGAAAACUUGAAGAAAGAUUGUGCGCCUUCAACGAAUGAAGCAAAAUCAAAAAUGGCAACAAUUUUGUCGAUCAAAAAUUCAAUCAGUGAAUAUAACCGAAAAACUGAUGAAUACAUCAAGGAAAUGGUCGAAGAAUUGAAGAAAAUGAAGAGCACCGUGAGUUUUUUUCAGAUGUGGAUUUUGAUAUUAAAAAAACGCCAAGAAGAUUUAUGUUUUAAUUCAAAGAUCUCGAAAUUUGGUCCGUCCACAUUUCCAAGAAAUUGAAUUUUUCAGUUCGAUGCAAAUCAAAUGGCUGCAUUGGAAAAUAGCAGAUUUGUUGAAAGAGCAAGUGAUCGAUUAAAAACUUGCCUCGAUUUUUAA